UAUCAACUUGCAUCCCAAAUAGCGACUAGAUUGGAAUGAUAAUAAAAGAAAACUGAGGGCUAAUAUUAGUCGUUUUGUUUAAAAUAUGUGUUGUUGAUUUUAAUGUGUUAAUUUCAUUAUCUUGUUAUUCACAAUUCCAUCACCUUCUUUAUAGCUAUGCUAAUGUCUCUUUUACUUAAGUUUUGCUCCGUUAUAUUAUACAGCAUUAGUUUAAACAUGGAGAGCUUAGAAACUCCAAAGAAACCUAGAAUCUUGUGCCUCCAUGGGGGAGUGUCAAAUGAUACGCUAUUUAAAGAAGAACUUAGCAUUUGGCCGGAUUUUGUGCUCGAAAAGAUGGAUCUUGUAUUCAUCAAUGGUCCAUUCCUGGCUUAUAGCGAUGGAAUCAUUGUCGAUGAACAUUUCGAAUGGUAUGCGAAGGAUGAUGAGACCUACGGAAACUUCGAAGAGGGCAUAGCAUACAUAGAAGACUGUAUGGUAAAGCUUGGACCAUUCGACGGUGUGCUUGGUAAAUCUCAGCGGGCAGGGAUCUCGGCGGAAAAGGAAGCUCCGGUGAACUUCUUGACCGAUCCAUUAGAAGGGAGAUCUACCCUACGGCCCGCUGACAUUCUUGUUUUUGGAUGGGAAGGAGGAAAACACGCGUGUGUUGAUUUGACAGGUGUGUCCCCCCUCGUUGGGCUAAGGGACCACGGGUUUGUGACGGGUCAAGCAACAACUAAGGCAGAGGCGGCCAAAGUAGCUAAGCAUGAGAAAGCUUGCAUCGAGAAUCAGCACGUGUUCACCCCAUUCGCUUUCGAUACUUUUGGCGCUCUCGCCCCUGACGCGGGAGGCAUUGUAACAGGUGUGUUACCAGGAUUGCAGGAACAUAGUGUAUAUCUGACGAAAGUUCCAAAAAUAGAACAUGUUGUCAUCAUAUCUGGAGCGAAACUUGGAGGGAGCACAUUUCCAGGACCGAAGAUCGUUGAAACUGCAUUUUCUUCCCCAAUAAAUAUUCCGUCACUCCACAUUUUCGGUGAGAAUGACUUUGCAAGGGAAACUGCACCUGAACUCGCGGAAGCAUACGUGGAUCCUUUGGUGAUAUACCACCAUGGCGGUCAUGAGGUGCCAAAAUUAGAUGAAGAAGGAUUGAAGAUAAUGUCUGAGUUCCUUAAGAAAAUUAAUGCAACUAGUGUUUUAUAA